AUGGAUCAACUACCAUUGAUUAUCAUUGGCAAGAUAGUUGGAUAUCUUGAACUGAUUGUUGAUAGGAUGUUUGUUACAUUGUUGUAUAUCAUCAACAAUAACUUCAUUCUAAACAGACGUCAAAUAACAAUCGACAUUCAAACCUUCGCUCAACAAGGUCUAACACCAGACGACCUAAAGAGACAGGCUUAUCUGAGAACAUUGAACAUUGACAGUCUAAGGAAGGUCAACUUCCGUUAUUCUAUGGGUAGGACAAGUCCAUUCUCGGAUAUGAAGCAACAGGAGAGGGAGAUCAAGGGUAUCAUCGAUCAGUUUAUUGAUCAACGAUCCGACGUAAAGGUUAACUUGAGUGUCAUUCGAAUUGAACCAUUCUCUUUGUUACAUCUGCCCUUGACAAGUCUGUCCAUCUAUGAUACGACGGUCAACUUUGACCAACUUCCAAUUACACUCACACAUCUCAAGAUGGUUGGCAACACGCUCACACAGCCACUAAACAUCAAUGGUCAACUAUCAAUGAGCUUGAAGAUAUUGGACAUCAAAAAUGUGCAUAAUUGGAACCAUCCAAUCACACCUGGAUCCCUGCCAAGCACGCUGGAGAAACUGUUGCUUCCGAACUUGUUUAAUCAUCCCAUCACCGCUGAUGCACUGCCCUCUUCACUGCUCACUCUUGGGUUUGGGGAGACAUUCCAUCAUCCACUCAAUUAUACUGGACAAUUACCGCCCUCACUAACCAUCCUUGAUCUAAGUCGUGUCCGCGAACCAUAUAUUUACCCCUUGCUCAGUCUCCCUACCAGCCUCACAACCAUCUAUCUGCCCAGAUUGUACCGUGGUGUGAUCUAUCAUACACCCCUGCUGCACCUGUACGCAUAUGACUGGACUAUCAUCGCCGGCACACAAUAUCCCAAUCUCAAGUCGCUCUCAAUCAAUACAUACAAAUAUGGCAAUAAUGAUUUGGAGCCACCUUGGACUACACUGUUUCCAAACAUGGAAAAGUUGAUAGUGAAGGACUUGAUGAAACCUCUGGACAUCUCAACAAUGCCAAUGUCCCAACUGAGACAUUGUAGUCUGCUUAGAAAUGUACGCCAUGAAUAA